CAUGUUUGCUCUUAGACAACAACCGGUCCAUUUAAAAAAUACCAUCAGAUCAUUUCAGUCAGUUCAAGAAAGAGGAUGGAUAAUCAAGAAAUCGUUGGGCUUAUUGAGUGCUUUAGGAACCGUUUGAGGAGGCUGAUUAUUGUCGAACCCCUUAUGGAUCUUUUGCAUUUUCUUGAAGAUGACGAAAAAGAAUUGAUCAGAGUCAAGAUGACAACCAAAGGGAACCCGUGUGCCGUUGACCAGCUCUUGGAGACCAUCACGAAAGGAGUUCGCCCGCAGGGUUGGUUCAUGGAAUUCAUAGAAGCACUUGAAGCAGUGGGGUGUACACAUGCUGCCAGCUAUAUCAUAAACAGCCCUCCUAGUCCUUCUUUGGAGGCCGAAAAUGAUAGUUGUAUUAGAUUGAUAAAUCUCCUCCAAUUGAGCCUGGUGAGGAUGAAGACGCGGGAUGUUUGCGUCAGCUGCUACUCUCUUGAUAUUUUAACUGAAGAAGAUCAUGACAAUAUUCUCACAGAAAUUGAAAAUAAAGGAAAUAUCAGCGGUGCCCGUUUACUUCUCCGAAGACUGGUGCGUAACGAGACGGGAUGGUUUUCCACCUUCCUCAGGGCAUUACAGAAGACCGGCCACCCCGACCUGGUCAAGGAACUCCAAGGGGAGGAUCUGGUUGAUAACGAGGGUGACGAGCCCUGUGGUCAAACAGAUGCCCAGGAAGCAACACAGGCCCCUGACACAAAACUCAAAGCCACCCAGUCAGAGAGAUCCACUAGUGCCACUGGCCUGGCCCAGAGCAGCAGCACAGAGAGUGCUACGAGGCAGCUCUAUGACUAUCUGGAUAACAUUGAAAUUGAUCUUUACACUGAUCCUGGUGAGCAACUUCAGCAGGCCAGUGGUAAUGGAAACAAGGAUGCCCACACAACAGUUUUGCAUGUUUCAGAUGCCCCGGCGGAAGCCCCAGGUGCAGCGCCGGAGUGCCCGCGAGUGGACGGCGGAUUCAUGCCGCCCGUAGACCGCCACACACAAGCACAGCCACCUGGCACACGCAGUGUGGCCGAUCCUUUCUCCGCGUCGGGAGCGGGGCGGCACUCAUCAUCAACCCGCUAUUACUAUCACCAGCAUCACCAUCAUCACCAUGCAUCGUCGGCCAGUGAGGCGCUCCGGCGAGCUGCGUUCAGUGGUGACGAGCCGGAGGCGGACAUUGAUACGGAUACGGACACGGACACGGACGGUGAUGCUGAUGCUGAUGCUAGAGACGAGGGCUCUGAAGGAGAUACGGAUAGUGAUGGUGAUGGUCAUGGUCAUGGUCAUGGUCAUGGUCAUGGUGAUGGUGAUGGUGAUAGAGAAGAGGAUGCUAAAGGAGAAGAGUAUGCUGUUGAAUGGGCGGAAGAUGGCCAAGGCAAUUAUGACAGGGGUUCAUUUUCUGGUUCGGACCAAGACUAUCCAGGCUACCAAUCGUAUGAUGAUGAUGAUGAUUAUUCUGAUUAAAAAAAAUCUCUCGACUUUAGAGGUGCACCAUGUAGGUCUCACCAAAUAUAAAUAAUACCAAAGAUUUAACCAUUCAAAUGUAUUCAGCUACAUUGAAAUGUAACUUAUGACAAAACAAAGGUUUUGUAUUAUGAGAUUUGAUAAAUCACCAAAAGAUGUUUUUAUUAUUCCUCUUUUUACUCAACCAAGGGAGCAAAUUAAUGUGGAGGGUGCUGAAUUCACAAGGUCUUGAUGGGUAAUUUUUCUCUUCUUUCAUGUGUUUUUGUUUCUGUUCAUUUUGACUCAUGUUCUCAUGUAUACAUACAUGUAUAGCUGUUUUUCUUUGAUUAUAAUGGCACUUUUACAUAAUUGAUCUUUUUACAUAAUUGAUCACAUGUCUUAUUAUGGAUGUACAGUGCCCUCCAAAAGUAUUGGAACACAUGCUAAAGUUGAUGAUAUAAAAUCAUCUUUUGCAAAUUGAUCUCAAUGCCUUAAUAGGCUAUCUGAAAUAAAACCAUGGCAAUCUCUUGGUAUGGUGAAGGGAUAUAGUGUUGAUGUGGGGUUAUUUUAAUUCCAAAGGCCAAGGGGACUUUAUCAGGGUGCAUAGUGUCCUGGAUACAUGAAACAUAAAAACAUAAAACAAACACAGAUCUGCUAGCCUCUAUGGGAAUUUUAACAUUGUGGACUGGGGCCCCUCCCCAAUAAUGUAUAGUAUUAUCGUGGACUGGGGCCCACUGUCAGUGCCCUUUGAGGUAGCUCCCCCCUACUUUCAGUAUUCCCAGAGAAAUUCCAUGCAGGGAAUUGGGGUACAGGCUGCCCCCACUUUGUUUAGUUUUAGGAUGGGCUGCUGUUUUUUUACAGUAUACUCACAGAAUGGACAGCUAGUGGUUGUGAGGAGAUGACUGUUGGAUUUAUAAAAAUGUAUGCUUUAAAUCCUUGACUGCACAUUUAAAGUAACUAAAAAAAGACUUUGUAUUAUCAAAGUAUUGUAUUUAAAGAAUGGCAUUGAUGAGGAAAAACUAAGCCAAAAAAUAAAACA